AGGCAGCAGAGCACACAACCUCACGCACUGAGAAAAAGAGAGAGUUUAUUGAACAACAAUGGCUAAGAAACUACUACAACAACAACAACAACUAGUUGCAGCAGGAGCAUGGGGAUCAAUCAGAAGCAGUUUUCAUUCAUUUAUUGCCCUGUUUGUUGCCUUCUUAUUCAUAGCUUUGGUUUUUCUAAGCCAAAACAACAUGCAGUUCAUGAUAGAAGAUAGGAUAAGUUCAAGUAAAAAUCUUGACUUGUUGUCAAAUAAGUGUAAUUUGUUUUCAGGCAAAUGGGUGUUUGACAACAAAUCGUACCCCUUAUACAAAGAGAAGGAGUGCACUUUCAUGUCAGAUCAGUUGGCUUGUGGGAAAUUUGGAAGGAAGGACCUGAGCUACCAGUUUUGGAGGUGGCAACCUCACCAAUGUGACCUCCCCAGGUUCAAUGCCACAGCAUUGCUGGAGAGGCUGAGAAACAAGAGGCUUGUAUUUGUUGGAGACUCUUUAAAUAGAGGGCAAUGGGUAUCAAUGGUCUGCCUGAUUGACACAUCAAUUCCUGAUCCUUCUCUCAAAUCCAUGCACUACAAUGGCUCAUUGAUCACCUUCAAGGCCAUUAAAUACAAUGCGUCAAUAGAGUUUUACUGGGCUCCAUUGCUGGUGGAAUCAAACUCUGAUGAUUCUGUGAACCACCGGUUACCGGAUCGGAUAGUUAGAGUUCAGGCCAUUGAAAAGCAUGCGAGACAUUGGAGUGAUGCAGACGUUUUAGUUUUCAAUUCCUACCUUUGGUGGAGAAGAUCCAAAAUGGAAGUCUUGUGGGGAUCAUUCGAAAGCUCUGAUGGUAUUCACAAAGAAGUGGCAAUGCCUCGUGUUUAUGAGAUGGCCUUAAGAACUUGGUCAGAUUGGUUAGAAGUUCACAUCAAUCGAGCCAAGACCCAAUUGUUCUUUGUUAGCAUGUCACCAACUCACCAAAGUGCUGAAGAAUGGGGUGGAGCCGAAGAUGGAAAUUGUUACAGUGAGACAGAACCAGUAAUGAAAGAGGGAUAUUCAGGAGGAGACACAGGGUCAGAAAUAAUGCCGUUAGUUAAAUCAGUGCUAGAUGGUCUAAACAGAAGAGGGUUAAAUGUACAAUUACUCAAUAUUACACAGCUUUCAGAGUACAGAAAAGAGGGACAUCCAUCGGUUUACAGGAAGCAAUGGGAACCUUUAACUGAAAAUCAAAUAUCGAAUCCAAGUAGUUAUGCAGAUUGCAUACAUUGGUGUCUUCCUGGAGUACCCGAUGUGUGGAAUGAGUUACUUUAUGCUUACCUUGUUCGUGAGUAAAAGUUGGGGAUACAAAUAAAAAGUCACUGAGAUUUGAAUCUGUAAAUGUUUGAUUCAAAUCUGGAAGUGAUUUGAUGUAGAUGAAAAUGUAACAAAAUUUAAGAAAUAGACCCCUCAACAAGAUACAAGGGUUUUUAAGAAAAAAGAACAAAAGAUUGAAGCUUGCCAUUAUCAUUUAUACAUUUAUAUGGCUGCACCAAUU